AUGGUGGAAACUGAGAAAGAAACUGAAGAAAGUGAAAAGACUCCAAAUGCAAGGCCACCACCUCCCUUCCCACAAAGAUUAAAGAAGAAAAUUGAUGACAGGAUGUUCGACAAAUUUCUUGAUAUGCUGAGCCAAAUUCAAUUGAAUCUCCCAUUGGUUGAUGUGUUACGUGAAAAUCUAAAAUAUGCUAAGUACAUCAAAGAUAUUGUGUCUAACAAAAGAAGAUUGACAGAGUUUGAGACGGUGGCACUUACUGAAGAGUGCACCUCAAGCAUUCAAAGAAAGUUUCCCCAAAAGUUGAAGGAUCCGGGGAGCUUCACCAUACCUGUUCGAAUUGGUGAGUUUUCGGUCAAUUGGGGUUGGGGGCCAAGGCCAACCACUGUCAUGUUACAGCUUGCUGAUAGAUCUAUUAUCCAUCUCGAGGGGGAGAUAGAAGAUAUGCUACUACAAAUUGGGCAAUUUAUUCUUCCAGCAGAUUUUACUAUACUGGACUAUGAAGCUGAUGAACACGUGCCCAUCAUCUUUGGACAACCUCUCUUAGCCACCACCGAUGUUGUGAUAAAGUUUGUGAAGGAAAAAUGA